AUGGCGGCCAACGGCGACGGACGAAACGCUGCGGAGAUUUUUUAUGGUUAUCGGAAGGACGCCUACAGCCACACGUCUGCUGAAUCUGUGCCCAGCUUUUAUAACACAUGGGCACAAAGAUAUAAUCAGGUUAAUUUAGGCGGAGGGUAUAAAGCUGCCGUUGAAUUGGCAACUGUAGUAUCUGAGGUAAUCGGUGACAAAUCCUCGAGGAUUCUUGAUGCUGCCUCAGGAACAGGUCUGGUUGGAGAAGAGUUGAAUAAACGCGGCUUUACUUGCAUUGACGCAUUAGAUGCUUCCCAGGAUUCCCUUGACAAGAGCAAGGAACACCAGUCUUACAGCGAGUAUAUAUGCGACACGCUAGACGAGCACCAGACGAAAAUUCCAGAGAGUCACUACAGUGCGGUGGUGAUGGCUGGCGCUUUUGGUAUACCGGGUCACGUGGAUGAAACAUGUUUUCUGGAACUCAUUCGUAUCACAAAGCCCGGUGGGUACAUAAUGUUUACAGUGAGCGACAAAGUAUUCGAGCAAGUGGAGAGGAAGAUGAAAGCCGCCAUUAGUGCCCAUAGCCAGCAGGGACGAUGGGAGAUUGUGGAAUAUCGCAAGAUCCAGUACUAUUUGAAUGAGACGUUAGAUGAGAAGGCCCAGGUGCCAGUUCUUAGGGUCUUACCAAAGUAAAAUCAAGACGGUUAAGGUGUUAAUAAGGGUAAUUAUACCAGACGUUUAUAAAGAUAUUUCAUUUGGGACUUGACCGCGCAUAGACAUUACUCGUUUGCCAACUUUGAGUACCAUUAUGUAUUGCUUGGCGUGUAUGCACGAUUAUGCCCCCUCGAUCGCGAUUAACAAAAUUUGUACAGUUUUCCUCAUGUGCUGUAUUCAAGUAGGUUAUAUCAUUAAAUGUUCUUCCGGCAGUGUCGUUUGCCAACACGUAAAAUAUUGGCAUGAACCACGAGUGUAUCGACCGCCUAAAGUUUGCCAACGCAUAAGUCUGUUGAUUCGAUUCCAGUAUUGUUAGGCAUAUAAUUAUAUGCGCUCAAUUACAGGGAAGAAGUUUUAUUGAACGUGUACAGAUUGUUAGAAUGUAGUCGUUGUGCACCCAUUGAAGAUAACUAAUGGUGGAAACUGUAUUUUUGCAAGGGGCAUUCCACUGCAACAGUAUGAAACUGAAAUAAUUUUCACGGGUGAAAUAUUAGAAGUGAACAAACAUUAUUGUUCGGUAAAGUAUUAUGCUACAGACAUUAAAUAACAUCAAGCAUCGUCAUACAUGAA